UCACAACACGCAACCCCAGAUCGGUAUACAGCUGCCUCACUCGCACUCAGGAGCAGCGAUUCGCGUUACGUGGUGAGUCGCACUACGCGCUGGACGUUAUACGUACUAUCUUACGAAAUAUCUCCCAAGUGUCUGUGUGUGUGUCAAUGGAAAAUAUAUGUAUACACACAUACACACACACACACACACACUAAAUGAAAGCCCAAAGUUGUCAUCUUAGGGAAGAAGCAGGAAAGUCCGAGAAGCCUCAGCACCUGCUGGUCACCAAAAAGACAGCGAGGAGGAGCAGAUAGACGCGGCCAGCAGGGGACAGUGCGCAGUAUGGGAGUGGGGGGGAAGGAGUGGUGGCGCCGAUGUCGGUGGUGGUGCGUCCCUGUGGUAGCCGUUCUGCUAGUAAUCUCUGGCCAGACUUGCACCUCUGCCUCCUUGUCAGUCUCCAAAGGCUUCAGUGCGUCCAGAUCUAACACCACGCAGCUGCAAGCCACCACUGAUUCUUUGAGUGAUGGAAGUCCUAACACUGAUCAAAGAAAACAGCAUGAUUCACAGGAAGAAAACACAAAUGCCGGUAUACAUAAGAUGGAUGGUAGCGAAGAUGCUAUUAAUGAAGAUAGAAGAAUUGAAACCGACGAGGUGAGAGGCGAAAAAGAAAAAAAUAAUAAUUAUGAAAAUCCUCAUAGUAAUGUGCUUACGUUGGAGGAGGUAAAGAGAAACAUGGAAGCAAAAGAUAUUUCGCCUGAAGUAUUCCGUCCAGACGUAGUGGAGAACGAAUUGCAGCGCCUCUUGGCUUUCUUCAACCCAGCCCAGCAGGACGGAAGGAGCGGCGUCAAUGCCAAAAUAAGUCUGUGGGAGUUCCUGGUCAACUAUGUUACCGGCAACGUUCAGCCUCCACUGCAUCACCAGUCCUUCACUAAAGUUGUAGAGGAGCCUCCCCCAGCCCAUCCUUGUGACAAUGUACCCGGAAGCUACAACCAAUGGUUCCGCGACGCGGUGCCGCGGCGAGUGGUGGUGGCGGGAGGUGGAGUGGCUGGCUUGGCCGCCCUCACCACCCUCAUCAGACUGAAGGUAGACGAUGUGCUGCUUCUCGAGGCCACCGAUCGCAUGGGAGGUCGCGUGAAGACAGUCAUUCACGGUAACUGGGUGGCGGAGGAAGGGCCGGGAUUAAUCCAGGGAGGCCGCAAGAACCCCAUAUACCAGAUCGCCAGAGAGGAGGGGGUUCUCGGUGAGCCUGUUGACAACAUUCUGCAAGCUGAAAACGUGGUGACAAGCAGAGGGCAGGCAGUGACCCGUGCCGUGAAAGAGCUGCAUGCAAGCAUCCAGCAACACCUGCGUCACGUCCUCGACACCAGGGAGCUGGAAGAUUAUUACGACAAGUCACUUGGAGAAUUUCUCAGCAGCAGACACCAGUGGUUAUGGGGCCCGACGAGAGAGCUGAGCCUUAGGGCAGCGUCUGAACACAUCAUUCACCAGGGUGUGAAUACUCAGUUUGGCUCCUACACCUGGUUUAACAUAUCAGCCCAUGAUGCUGAUAAUUUCAUGGAGCUUGGACAAGACCACAUCUGGCAGGGUGGGAUGGAAGGUCUGGUGCACACUCUAAUGAAUAAGGUACCCAAAGGGCAGGUGAGAAUGUUGAGCCCUGUCUGCAAAGUGUAUUGGGACCUUCCUGAUGGACGUCAUACCCUGGUGGUGACUGCAGACGGGUCCUCCUACCUCGCCAAUCACGUGCUAAUGAUGCUGCCACUGGGUGUGCUGCGAGAGCGACACGACCACACCUUUGAACCACCUCUUCCCACUAGCUUAUCAAGGGCGAUAUCAAUGGUGGAACCUGGAACAGUAAACCAAAUCAAUCUUGGCUGGGCCUCACCAUGGUGGGGCAGUGAACCAUUCCACAUGGUCAUCUUCUGGAAUAGCAAUGAAUUCCCACCAGAAAUGGACUGGGUAUCCAACAUAGUGCAAGUGAGGGGCACACACCACCACCUUGCUCUGCUGGAGAUGAAAGUAACGGGAAAGGCUUCAUUCAUUAUGGAAAAAUUGGAUCCAGAAACUAUUAUCUCCCAUCUCAUCACCUUCCUGCGUGCUACCAACAAGAACAGUAUUGUACCUCUGCCACUCUUUUUUCACAGAUCUAAGUGCAGUGAGAACAUGUGGGCACGAGGGUCUUAUCAGUCCUAUGUGACAGCAGGAAGAGGUGCUUUCCAUCUGAAGGAUCGGUCUCCACUUGCUGCAGAGCUUUACAACUCCAGAAGGCUUCAAUCUGUGUUCUUUGGGGGAGAGCAUACAUCUACAGAGCGCUUUGGCACUGUGGAUGGAGCGUUUCUGUCAGGAGUGAAGGGAGCUCUCUGGGUUACAGAUCAGAUCUGGCAGGAAGGAAGAAAGAACAACACAUCACACUCCACCUGUCCCAAAAAUAUACUAAGGAGGAGUUAUUACAAUCUUUUCAGACAUCCAGAAAGAUAUCAGGGGAUUGUGUCUUGUGAUAAUCCUGACAAAAAAAAAGUACCUAAGGAGAGGAAAAAAAAGGUGAAAAGCAUGAAAAGAAAGAGAAAGAAUAAGCACAAUCAGUUUGUGCCAGAAUAUUUCUUUCAGAGGACAAAAUCAAAUACAACUCAGGAAUUGCAGAAGAAUUUGACAACAAAGACAGGAAAUAAUGGAGAAUUUUCUAAACUAAGAUUAUUGAAUAAUAGUACUGAUGGGAAAAACACAAAAAAAUUUCUAAGUGGUAAGCAAAUUAAAGAAGUUCCAGCAAACAACAGAAAAGACAAAAAUGAAACAAGUCAUUUGGUGCCUUAUGAAACAGUUAUUGAGAUGCUCAUUAAAAGGCUGAGUGAAUCAACGGAAGACUCUCCAGAAACUGAAGAAAGUUAUCCUAAAAGAAUUGUGGCUCAAAGAAAGAAGAGUAUCAAGAAAAAGAAAAAAAAAAUUAAGAAAAGAAGAAUGCAGAAAAAUAAAGAACCUGUUUCCAGAAAAAAAGAUGAUAGAUUAUCAGUCAAUGCUCCACUACUUGAUCAGACUUUGAAAAUUUCAGCUCCUCCACACUCCAUUAACAAUGAACGAAAUAGUGAAACUCACCUCCAUUUUUAUUUGUCACAGCCCAAAAAUCUCUUGAACCUCACAAACAUAUCAGACCAAAAAGAUGUAGAAAACAAUGGCAAGCUAAGUUUAGAUAAGGAAAAGACACCUCAGCCCUUAUCUCCAACAAGACUCGAAGAAAGAGGUGACCAACAAUCAACAAUAACCUAUAACAAUUUUCACUCACGACAAGACCAACAACAUCUUUCAGCAGGCUCCAAGUUAAGAACUAGCUUAAGUUCCAGCGAAGUGGAAUACCAGCUUUCUUCUAUGGCAAAUUGGAAUGAUGACCAAAAAAUAGCAGGUGUAUUGUCAGGCCAUCUUAUUCUUAGUAGCAACAAUGAAGGCUUUUUAUCCUCAAAUUAUACACUCAUGCAGCCCUCAUAUAACAAUGUUCCACUGUCAAAUGCCACUCAGGGCACUACAAGACUUUCUAGCAAUCAGAUGCAAAUUGGUUUGCCUCUUCAAAAAUCCAAUUCAAAAGAUGAUACACCCAAAAUUUCUGGUCAUGCCACCUCUGAAAUACAUGACAUUGAAUGGGGAAAAAAUAGCAUUAUUUUUGCUGUGUUGACAGUCUUCACCUUGAGUCUGCUGUCCCUGACACUGGAGAAAUCAGUGAAGACAAAUUCUAGUUUUUUCGGAAAAACAACAGAAAACUUUGAGAAGCUGGUUGAUGUAACAAGAAUGUCAAUCAAGAAAAUGGACACUAACAGAUGUCACACUGGAACAAGGUUUAUCAAAUCCUCAAGCUGCAUGCUGCACAGUGGACUCACCAUGACUGAUGAAAAAAAUGGGUCUGGCCACAUUCAUGACUUGGCAUGA